AUGUACCAGCCGGACUACUACAACGAUGGGUCCGGCCGGGUGUGCAAGCUGCUGAAGAGCCUCUACGGGCUGAAGCAGUCGCCGCUGCUGUGGUACAAGGCGCUCAACGACGUGCUGGUCGGCGCCGGCUGGAGGAAGAGUCAGGUCGACGAGGCGCUGUACUUCAAGGUCGGCGCCGACAAGGUGGCAUGCUGGGUGCUGGUCUACGUCGACGACCUGCUCGCCGCCAGCAGCAGCACUGCGAUGCUGAGGGAGCUGAAGGAGCUGCUGGAGGCCGCCUUCGAGCUGCGUGAGAUCUCGCCGGUGCAGAAGUACCUCGGCCUGGAGAUCGUGCGCGACAGGUCGGCGAGGAAGCUGUGGCUGCACCAGCAGGGCUACGCCGACAAGCUGCGUAGGCGUUUCAUCGACGAGGAGCAGGGUGGUCGGACCCCGAAGACGCCGGUCUCCGUCGACGCCUACGCCGAGCUCACCUUCGACGACGAGGAGGCGCAGGAACGCCAGGAGGAGGAGUACCGGCAGAAGGUCGGCUCGCUGCAGUUCGCGGCGACGACGACGAGGCCGGACAUCGCCUUCGCCUACAGCAAGCUGGGGAGCGGACUCACGGUGAGGAGUGACCAGCACUGGCGCGAGGUCGACCGCUGCCUCGCCUACCUCACCAACACGCGCGACACCGCCCUGGAGUUCGGCGGUGGUCCGGAGACGCUGGAGCUGGUCGGCUACGUUGAUGCCGACGACGCCAGCGACAAGCAGAACCGGACGAGCACGGGAGGCUACGUGUUCGUCUACGGAGGGGCCGCAGUCUCCUGGUCGAGCCAGCGCAUCAAGUGCGCGACGCUGUCGUCGACCGAGUCUGAGUACGUGGCGGCCGUCGACGCCGGGAAGGAAGGACGCCGACUUCGCUUCCUCCUGGCAGAGUUCCGGCAGCUGGACGCCGGGAAGCCGACUGUCCUUCGGGUGGACAACAAGUCGGCCAUCACAGUCGCCGAGGGCAUGGGGUUGAUGGGCAACCUCAAGCACAUGGAGCGACGACAGGGCGCGGGAAGUUCGCGUUGA